GGUCAGGGUGUUGUGAUUGAGAUGGUGUCUGAGGACUUGCAGGAGGGAGGUUCUGCAGGUCAGGGUGUUGUGAUUGAGAUGGUGUCUGAGGGUGUUCAGGAGGGAGGAUCUUCAGAUCACGGUGUUGUGAUUGAGAUGGUGUCUGAGGACUUGCAGGAGGGAGGUUCUGAAGGUCAGGAUGUUGGUGUUGUGAGUGAGAUGGUGUCUGAGGCUGUGCAGGAGGGAGGUUCUGCAGGUCAGGGUGUUGCUGUGAAUGAGAUGGUGUCUGAGGCUGUGCAGGAGGGAGGUUCUGGAGGUCAAGGUGUUGUUGUGAGUGAGGUGGUGUCUGAGGACUUGCAGGUGGGAGGUUCUGCAGGUCAGGGUGUUGUGGAAGUGGUUGAGAUGGUGUCUGAGGCUAUGCAGGAGGAAGGUUCUGCAGGUCAGGGUGCUGCUGUGAGUGAGAUGGUGUCUGAGGCUGUACAGGAGGGAGGUUCUGCAGGUCAGGGUGUUGUUGUGAGUGAGAUGGUUUCUGAGGCCUUGCAGGAGGGGUGCUCUGCAGGUCAGGGUGUUGUUUUGAGUGAGGUGGUGUUUGAAGCUGUGCAGGAGGGAGGUUCUGCACGUCAGGGUGUUAUUUUGAGUGAGAUGGUGUCUGAGGACUUGCAGGAGGGAGGUUCUGCAGGUCAGGGUCUUGUUGUGAGUGAGAUGUUUUCUGAGCCCUUGCAGGAGGGAGGUUCUGCAGGUCAGAUUGUUUUGGAUGCGGAUAAGAUGGUGUCUGAAACCAUGCAGGAGGGAGCCUCUGCAGUUCAGGGUGUUGUGGUAGGAGCUUUGUGUGAGGCAGAGGAGGCUGCAGAGGAAGCUAGCUUGGGAGAAGCAGGGUUUGCUGGGGCAGCUGACCCUUAUGGGGAAGAGGCUGUCAAGGAGACAAUUUCUGGGUGGGUGGAGGCUGUGGAGAAGCCUGGGGCUCUCCUUGAGGCCCUGGGGAAUCGGGAUGUGUGCACAGGAGAGUCUGUGCCUGGAGGAGAUGACUUUGUAAAGCCAAAUGUGUUUUCCCAGCUGAAAGCAUCAGGGGAAGAGUUGGCGCAGAAGGGGAAAGCAGCAACACCUGAGGUUGGCGAGGCAUUGGAGGUGGAGGGGAGUUCUUUCCUGAGAGUAGAAGACACAGUGGAGGAGUCUGUGGAGCCUGGCAAGGGUCCCCUGCUGCAAGAGGCACCUGCACUGGAGGCACUGGUGGGUGCUGGAGGGGAUCCCUUAAGUGAAGGAUCACUUAGGCUGGAGGACACCUCAGCAGCAGAAGAGGAGGAGGGCUCAGCAGAAGCAGUCUUGUGUGGAAACCCAUCUCCAGGCAGCAAGGCAAAGACGGAGGGAGCAGUGGAAGGGAAAGCGGAUGGAGGGGUGGGGACGGCGUGUGUGCAGGUGGCCAGAGCAGAGCCAAGGGCUGGAGAAGAGGGCACGGGGCGAGCAGCAGGUCCGGGGGAGCGGGCAGAUGGGAUGGAGGGACCCGCGGGGUGUGCUGAGGGGACAGGGAAGGCGCAGCCUGCCGGCGACGGGGCAGUGGAGGGGGCAGCGGGGUCUGCCCCGGGGCGGGGGGGGAGCGCGGCGGGGGCAGCGGGGCAGGAGGGGACCGCGGAUGGGGCCGCCGGGGCCGAGGCGCUGAGCUCCCCACGGCUGCAGCGGGGACAUCCGGGCACGGGGGCAGCGGGCAGCGAGGACGGGGCAGAGCCGGCGGCGGGGGGAGCAGAGCGGGAGCAGAGCGGCCUCCAUGGGGGCACUGCAGAGGGAGCAGCAGCCCCUGUCCCGGCGAGUGCACAGAGCCCUGCUGGGGCCGGGGAGCAGGGGACGGACAGUCCCGUCGGAGGGAGCCCGGACACCCCAGGAGCUGCUGAUGCGGGCGAGAGGAGCCACAGUCCCCGUGAGGUGAAUCCUGUGCGGGUCAGCCCCUGUCCCACACACUGUCCCCACGCUGUCCCUGUCCCGAGCAGAGGGUGCACCACUUCAUCCCGUUUGCUAUAAGUGGAAUGUCUGCAGCUGGUACUUGGGGUGAGGGGUCAUAGAGCCCGAGAAUCAUGGAAAGCUUUGUGGUGGAAGGGACCUCGAAGCUCACCCAGCUCCAACCUCUGCCAUGGGCAGGGACCCCUUCCACUAGAGCAGCUUGCUCCAAGCCCCUGUGUCCAACCUGGCCUUGAACACUGCUAGGGAUGGGGCAGCCACAGCUUCUCUGGGCACCCUGUGCCAGUGCCUCAGCACCCUCACAGGGAAGAGCUUCUGCCUAAGAGCUUAUCUCAGUCUCCCCUCAGGCAGGUUAAAGCCAUUCCCCUUGGCCUGUCCCUACAGGCCCUUGUCCAAAGCCUUUCUCCAGGUUUCCUGUAGCCCCUUUAGGCACUAGAACUGCUCUAAGGUCUCCCCAGUGCCUUCUCAAGGCUGGACAAGCCCUCCUCUCUCAGCCUGUCUCCAUAGGAUGAUGAAUCCUUUUGGGUGUCAGCUUCUGCAUUCUUCCUUGCUCACAAAAUCUCAUAGCAAACAUAUUUGCUCUGGCACUAACACUUGCAGCAACCCUCCCCCCGCCAUUACCAUGUGGAGCAGCUCCUGAUGCCCAGCAUCCCGCUCCCCUGCCUGGCUCCUCUGCCGCAGCAGCAGCACUCAACUUUUCUGGUUACUCCGGCAUCAGCUUGCAGGAACCUGUUGCAGCAGCAUCGCAGUAGCUCAAACUUCAGCAUGUUUUGUGUAAGCUGACUUUUUUCUCUCUGUUCCGUAGGAGCCUGCAGUCACAGACACCGCUGUCGUGCCCCCGGUACAACCCCAGCUUGGGAAAGAAAGCAGCCUCUAAGCUUUUUCUGC